GUGUGCUGUUUCGAACAUCACCUACUCAGACGGCACCAAGUACGAUCCCAACAAGGCUUGGGCUCCUGAGAACGAUCAGCGCCUGGAGGACGAGGACGAGGCAGAGACCGAGGAGGCCCAGGAGGAGGUGAGCCAAGAUGAUACCAUCGAGGACCUUUUUCCAGGAGGUUUGGCGGAUCAUGGCAUGCCGGGGGAGGAGGAUGAAGACGAAGCCCAGCCGAUGGAUCUGUACCCGUAG